ACAACCGUGGUCACGUGCAUAUAGAGGUCUGGCAUACCGAGGCUAACCACACACAUAGUGACAACACAUUGAUAUAAAUUAGUAGAUGUUAUUUUACCGAUUUUUGUCGUAUUUUGCCAAAUAUUAGUCUUACACUGAUUUGUACGUGUGCGGUCGUCAAUUCUGAGGUUGAUCUUAUUUAUUACAAAAUUGGGUCUCCCUCUGAUCUAAUUGUGAAAGAACAAAAGACUGUGAGGCAUGGGAAGGUGCUAUGGAGCGGCUAGCUGACUAUUUUGCUGUGGCAGGCUUAAAGGCAACUCGUACAGCUGAUGGUGACGAUGGUGAACUGAGUGCGGCUAUUCUGCAGAGAUUUCCUGUGUCUGAGUGGGACGAUGUGGCUUUUCCUCAAGGGAUAGAAAUGUUUUGUCAGCCUUCUGGUUGGAAAACAUCGAAAACAUGCCACCCACCAACAUUCUUUACUUCUGUGUUGACGGAUGUUGAAGGACAGCGAGCUAUCUGUACGUGCUUGUCAUUUUGGGAGAGAAUCUCAAAGUCGAAUACAGAAUUGGAAGAUUCUGAUAAGGCUGAGCUAGCGUUUGAAUAUCGACCAAAAAGCUUUUUCUUAAUUGCUAGACAUCCUUUUGUGAAUCUACUCAAGGGAUGUUUGUGUCUGGUGUACAAACAAUUUGUUCAAAGCUCUGUGUCUAAUCCUCCGGAAUCUCUCGUUAGCAAGAUACUGUCAUAUGAGUUGAUGCCAGCAGCCGGUGUUAACGUUAUAACUUACAGCUUGGGAUGUGGAGAAUGCCUGGAACUAAGACUUUCUGAUUCAAGAAAUUAUUUGCCAUAUACGGAGACAGCUGUUGCUCACCUUUUUAGGACUUUGGGACUACAGAACACGAUUCAGCUCGUUUGCGCAGUCAUCGCCGAGAACAGAAUUCUCUUCCAUUCAGAAAGCUAUUCUGUUCUCAACUUGGCAAGUCAAGCUCUCGUAGCUCUGCUGUUUCCUCUUGCCAUGAACUAUCCAUUCAUUCCUAUUCUACCCGCCAGCCUUGUCGACUUCCUCUCCGCUCCGACUCCGUUUAUUAUGGGCGUCAACACGUCAUAUCUUCCUUCCAAGCAGAAUCUAACUGAUCUGGUUGUAGUUGAUCUUGACGGUGGUGUUGUGUCUAUACCGGAUGGUGUUGUUGUACCACAGCUGCCUGGGUUUCUCGUCAAGCCGUUCUAUCGUAUUUUGUUGAUGAUUUUUAAGCCAGGUUUGUUGACUGCAGACUUGGCUUUUUCAUCGUUGCACCAACAUCUAAACAUGUCGGAACGAAAACAGGAUAAAGCUGCUCGAGCUCUGUUUCUUCAUUUGUUUGCCACGUUGUUUCACGGCUACCGUUCGUUUCUCACUGUAGGCAGAAUUCAUCCAGAGCCAUUCAUCGAGUUUUGCAAGGAGCAGUUCAAAAAUUUCAAGUCAAUAGAGAAUGAUGAAUUUACAGCAAAGCUCAUUAGUGGUCUCGCAUUCAGCUCGUUUAUCGUUGAACGUGGCCUUCCUUUCAGGGCAUGUGACAUAUUUGAUGAUCUUGUAGCACAAGGAAACUUUUUUGACUUUCGUCGCAAUGAGCAAGAAAUGAUGGAUGACAUUAUGCAACUUGCUGCUCAGCUGGAAGCUCAGGAACCAAUUGAGAUUAUGAAAUUACCUGAAGACAUGCCUACUCUUCUUUCUUCUGGCUUUGAGUUUCGAGACUUUGAUGGUUCGCUGAUAGAGAAAAUGAUGGAAAGAGAACAGUCACCAGCCAGAGCUGCUGUCAAGUUCAACAAAGUCGAGUUCAGAACUGUGUCAGAGAGCACUGCAGUUCCUCAAUUUUCUGACCUUCCCACUAGUCCAGACGUACCAUCAAGAGACAUCUCUCAGUUGAAGAAUUGUAUUGCGGCACUAUUGAAUAACAAAAUGACAGAAGCAACAAAAUAUCUGCCGGGUGUGUGUCGGUCGAUGAAGUCUGCCUCCAUAAGGAAGUUGUUUGUUGAGAUUUUGUCGGAACGUCUGUGCAGUCAUCACUCACUGGAUGGUGCUCAGGGUCACAAGAUGAUACUAAGUAACACACAAUUUGAUGUCAUGGUACAGCUGAUGAAUGCAGCUCUAAGAAGUGAUUCAGGAGCUGGUGGUUUCAAUACAGCAGCAGCACUGCUUCCUCUCACAACUGUCUACUGUCGCGAGCUCUCUCCGAGUGUCAGCCAGUUUGUCUACACUUGUGUCCAAGAUCACGUAGUCUGGGAAAACACACACUUCUGGAAGCAGGCAUUCUACGAUGCCGUCCAACACGAGUUGUACAAAUUGUAUGUCAACUCACACGAUGAUGACAAAGCUUGUGGAAACGAACCUCCUCAACAACGCAAGCGUACAUCAAGCAUUGUUGACACAGCAAGUGAAGGACUCGACAGAAAUCGAAAUUCGGUGUCUAACGCUACAGUUAUCAAACUGUUAGCUAAGAGAAUGUGUUUAUGGUCAAGUCUAUCGGAUGAAAAGCAAGCUGAGUGGUCGGCUUAUGAGGAGGCAACCGUCUACGGACAGUGUGUUAACUUUGCAUCUCGAAUGGUGUGGCUUUUGACGCCGUUCAGCUCAAUGUCUGAGACGGAUGUGAUGCAGUUCUGUGAUGAUGAUGACACCUUGGCUCUUGCUGGCCAAAGGGAGAAUACAUCUCCUUGGGAAACGGAUGAUGUUGUCAAGUUUGUUCUACGAGUGUUCAACCCGAUAUGUUUAGAGACUCAACUGUCUUCAGAGAGAGUCUCAAGUCUCAGUGAACUUGUAACAGGAAUUCUUGAUCUCCAUCUUGAUUAUCUCCAGCAAGUACAAGACGAGUGCAGGAGAAUACAGCCAUUGCCAAAGGUGAAGAGUAUGCGUCCCGUUAUGUUAGAAGGAGAGUCGGUCGUCACAGAUGGCAUGAGGGCGUAUCUCCUGUCUGAUGGCAGGGAGGUUGGUCUUGGUGUUUGUGGCAUGAAUGGACCACGAUUCUUACCUGCUGACGGUGCCAUCUACCUCACAACAUACAGAGUUGUGUUUCAGGGAUUACCUUGUGACUCUAAUGCUGGUGAUGCUUCUAUAGUGCGAAGUCUUCCUGUGUCAGCUGUUGUGCAGAUCAAGAAGUUAGCGCCUGUCUACUUGAACUAUAACUCGAGGUGGCUACAGGAUGUGUUUCAAAUUCGUUCAGCAACGUUUGAAUUGAUGAAGAUUGGUUUUGAUGAUGAAGAUGUCUCUACCAGUUCCGUUGAGCUUUUCUCUAGGUUCCUCAAAGGUCUCCGCAGUCCAGCAUCAGUGAAUGUUACAUUCGCCUUUGCGGCAUCUUCAGAAACAGAAUGGAAGCGUGUUGGUGUGGCUGGAGACGACGGCAAAGACCAGCUGGAAGUGAAAGAUGCUUCAACAUUUGUGAAGAAGUUGGCGAGGAGAGGAGCAGUGAACAAAGACAGGGAGUUCGUUAAAGAGAGUAUGAUGGGCACUUUACGUCAUGCAUGUGCGAUGUCACCUGUGAGGCCACCGAGAGAGUCUGAUACCAUGAGAAUGAAGAAGAGACGCAUACGAGUGCUUAGGACGAUGCUGUACUCUAAUGACUUUGAGAGAGUUGGAUUGGGUAAACUGACCGAAGGUGAUAAGGAGAGAGUUGAUGAUCUUUGGAGGGUGACUUGUGUGAACGUAGAUUAUCAUAUGUGCAGAAGCUAUCCUGCUGUUCUAUGUGUUCCUGUUGAAGUAACCGACUCACAACUUCUUCGAGUCAGUAGCCAGUACAAUCAAUCACGACUCCCAGUAGCGACCUGGAGGCAUCCUCGCACAGGGACAGUGCUCCUACGCUCAUCGUCCAGUGCACCAACCAAUAUGGUUGCCAAAUUGAAAGGUGGUCUUGCUCAACUAGGAACCUCACCUCAACUAGCCAGAAAGUUAACACCUUCGUCUCUCACGUCAGUCGGUCUCCAAAGUCAGGAAGUGAAAUCAUACUUGGCUGCUGUUGUUGCUGCAACACCAAGACUUAGGCGAAAUGCUAGCCAGCUGCUGUUCGAAGAUGGACUUGAUAUCAGUGAUCUUUUCUCAGGGCUUCAGGCUCAACAGAAAGGAAAUGGACAGGAUCUACAAAAUAAACGUCAUUCAACAUUCUUUGUUGAUCUCGGGGAGGAUAGUUUGGAUCAGUCUGUGGGAACAUCAUGUCGGUUGUCUGAAAUUAAGAAGGCAGCAUUAGAAAAGGCAUUGACUGGGUCCUUAGACUCAAGGCUGAUGAAGAAGUCUGGAGCAAAUACAGAAAUGUCACGUGUGACUGUCAUCGCUAACAAAAUGACAGUUGCUCAGCUGGACAGAACCGAAGCAACUGACGAGACCAGUCAUGACACACAGCAACAAGUUCAUUCACCUAGCAACCCACUCGAGACCUUUCAACAAAAGGUAAUGACGUUGGGACGAUCAAAGCGAGUCUACGUUAUUGGAGAGAGACAAAAUCUCAAGAAUGUGAAGGAGGAAAACUUUCCUGCUUGUGAGUUUAUUCCUGUUGAUAUUCCUGGUGUUGGAGUUUUGCGUCAAAAUCACAAGAAGUUGAUGCGAGCUUGUGCACCUAGUGAUUCACAUUCUGAUCCUAAUACUUUCUAUUCGACAGUCAAUGACUCAGGAUGGCUUGAUAAUGUUCGUACUGUUAUUCAAUUGGCUGGAGCUGUUGUUGACCUUCUGGAUGUUCAACGAGCAUCAGUUCUUGUAUCAUUUGAAGAAGGAAGUGACGCUACAGCUCAAGUAGUGUCACUUGCCCAGCUUCUACUUGAUCCAUACUAUCGCACACGGUUUGGAUUCCAAGUGCUAAUUGAAAAAGAGUGGCUUGCAUUUGGUCACAGAUUUUCUCAACGAAACAAUCAGACAACAGCAUCCAGCGUGAACGACUUUUCUCCUGUUUUUCUACUUUUUCUUGACGCAGUGCACCAAGUGAUGCUACAGUUUCCAUUAGCAUUUGAAUUCAACUUGCAUUACAUUGAGACUCUUGCGUAUCAUCAGUCGUCGAUGCGUUUUGCUACCUUUCUCUUAAAUUCGGAGAAAGAACGUUGUGAAGAAGGCUGGCUGCCACACAGUCGACAGAGAAUGGAUAUCCGAGGUGGUCGUACUGCUCCAAAACUAAAGACAGGCAAAUGCUUCUGGAGUCAUGUAGACAAGUUGGAUAGUGAGUCGCCUCUCUUCUACAACAUGAAAUACAAAGCGGACAAAGACAACCCCGUUCUUCGCCCUUAUGGCAAUAUUUCCAAUCUGCAAGUUUGGUCAUACUUCACUCGAGCUGACAUUCACUCACCAAUUGCCUCAUAUGAAACAACCGCAAAGAACACUCGAGGAAAGAUGAACAUUCGGCCACCAUAUUCUCCUGUCUCACCUCGUCCCCACCAGGGCAGCUUCCUCAGCACUAAGAGCUCAGUGUCGAAGUCUAUAGCCUUAUGCAAGUCGAGUGCAUUGGGUGGCAUUUAUGGAGACUCAAGUCUGGUUUUACUUGAUGAGUUUUCGAUGUUAUUCAAGCGUUGUGUGAGGUUGGCAAGUGCAUUACAGCAAAGCUGGCCUUUAUGGCGUGAAGUUUGGAAUGAUUUGAAAAUUCCAGUGGAAGAAAUACUGAUACCAACACAGCAAUCUCCUCGUCGUCUGGUCACUCAUGGGCUAACGGCUCAUAAGCGAACGUCUAUUGAAGUUUUGUUGAAAGGUAAAUUGGGAGGAAACGCAGAGAACAAGUUUUCACAUCCUCAUCGCUUCAAUGUCCACACUUACGUGACACCAACAUACUGCAAUUACUGCAGGCAAAUCUUGUGGGGUGUUGUCCAUCAAGGCUUUCGCUGUGCCGAUUGUGGAUAUAAUUGUCAUGAGAAAUGUCGCCCUCUUGUACCCAAAGAUUGCCAUGAAUUUGUCAGCUUCGACAUUCCAGAGGGCGAUGCAGUGGCUACUAAUGCUGCUGAUGAUUUCUCCGACAUGGAUCCUGAAGCAAGAGCUCGGUUGGGGUCACAAAGUGUGUUCUAUAGCAACAAAAAAGGUUAUUCAAGCCAUCAACAUGAAGGGUUUUUGUACAAGAAGGCUGACUUACGAAAAAAGUGGAAAUACUGGUGGUGUGUCUUAGACAUUGAACUAGGAGAGCUAAAGUAUUAUGAGGCUUUGCGUGAAUCGCAGUGUCGAGGAACAAUACCUGUUGCAGAGUGCAGUGAAGUCCUCGAACUUGAAUCUGUCACAGCUGGAGCUCCUCAGGUGGAUGGAGGAGAUGGCUACUGCUUUGAGCUAGUUCAUCCAAAGAGAAAUUAUUUGUUCAUGGCCAAGACUGCUGUCUUACGCGACGUAUGGCUGCAGAAGCUCAGUCUUUGCUUGAACACUAUUUAAGAAGCAAUUAAAGCUAUAAAAUUUGCUGUAAGUAAAGAAGCUGUUUUGUACUCUCAUUCUGUCACGUUUUGUUUUGUAAGCGUAGAAGUAAUAGUAGAAUAUUGAUUAUCACGUGACAUGUAUAAUAUAUCUAUAUUUGGUUCAUCAUAUAAUGAAAAUAGAAGAAGGAAAUUUAAUUUGAUUGGAAGUGA